GGUCGCGUUAACCGAAAAUUUUCCGUCAUUGACGGAAUUUUUUUAUCAAUGACGGAAAAAUCUGAAGGCCGUCCGUCACGGUGACAGAUUACACUCAGGGUGAUCUACUGUAAAUUGUAACUGUAAUUCCCACCCCUGUCCAGUUGGUGGCGAGUGCGCUCCAAUGUAGCAGCAGAGCACUGGAUCCAGAACAAAAAUAAAACUGGCAGGAAUCUUUUGCUAUGCGUUUGAUACUGAUAACGCACAGGCGAGUACCCAGAAGCUACAACUCUCUAUCACGCCACAUUAAAGAGCGCCAAAACGGUCACAAUGAAUGAGUCUAUUACAAACUUCACUUUCUUGCUGACUCUGCUCUUCGUCAACACGACUUUUAUGAAUGCCACCUCUUAUGACAAUAACACAUUUGUGCAGUUCACCUAUGGUCUGUCCACACUUACGCAAGGUAAACUUACACAAACUGCCUCUACUACUGCUACUACAAAUACAACAACAGCUGCACCCAACAUCCUAACAUCCAUAAGCCUGCCUUACAUGAUAGCCGAGCUAGUCAUAGCCUUGCUCUCCACAGUGGGCAACCUGCUGGUUUGUGUUGCGGUGGGACUAAACAGAAAGCUCCAAACAGUUACUAAUUACUUCCUGGUGUCACUAGCAGUGGCGGAUAUAUGCGUGGGUUCCCUGGCGAUUCCUUGUGCCGUUAUGGCGGACCUGGGAAUUCCACGGCACAAUCUGUAUCUGUGUUUGCUAAUGUUAUCUGUGCUCAUCAUGUUAACCCAGAGUUCCGUCUUCAGCUUGCUGGCGGUCGCUGUGGAGCGUUAUGUGGCCAUUUUCAUGCCCUUCCAUUACCACCGUCUAAUGACACCUCGCAACGCAGUGCUGGUCUUGUGUGUCACUUGGACACUGGCCUUCCUGAUCGGUCUGGUGCCAUUGAUGGGCUGGCACAAGCCUCUGCCUGAGACGGGCUACUGUAUCUUUGUGUUGGUGGUGGAUAUGACCUACAUGGUCUACUUCAACUUCUUCGCCUGCGUCCUGACCCCACUGGUGGUGAUGUUCCUCAUCUACGAGCAGAUCUUCGUCACGGUCAAACGUCAGAUGAGGAGGAUUGCAGCAGAGCGGGGCGGCGCGACCAACACAGAGGGAACGGCGAAGAUGAAGAAAGAGAUGAAAAUGGCCACAUCGCUCUUUCUGGUCCUCUUCUUUUUCACGGUCUGCUGGAUUCCACUACAUAUCAUAAACUGCUUCCUGCUGCUGUGCCCCUCAUGUCCCGUUUUCCCACAGCUGCUACAAACGGCCAUUAUUCUCUCCCACGCAAACUCGGCUGUUAACCCUUUUCUCUACACCUACAGGAUGAAAACCUUCAGAAAAGCCUUCAAGGCAGUCUUUCUAUGUGGCAGGGGCAUCAGGGAUGGUGAUGAGCAGCAUGAUGACAGGGGACGCAACAACACACAAAGACCCUGAACGCUAAACACUUAGUCUAGUCCUAAAGUAAAGACUGAAAAGUACCUUCAAUCAAAACAAUGGGAGUAAAAACUAAAUUCUAAGGUGAUUCGAUGUGUCAAAUUGAGAUUUUUAAGAUAAAAAAUUUAAAAUUUAAAAUUCCAUUUGAAUAAAAAAGGUCAGGGUUUGCUGUGCUUGUUUGUAGAGCUGUACAAUUUGGACAAACAUUUUUUUUUAUUUUAUAUCAAUAGAACUAUAAAAUAAUUAUUGUUAUUAUGAUUAUAAAAUGUACUAAAAAAAAAUAUACGAAAAAUGAAGAGAGCCCUUAAAGUGUCUUUUUUGUUGUCAACAGGCAGUUUAUUAGUGCUUCAUGCUACAUAUUUGGGAAGAUGGUUGGCACAUGUUAUGUUCAAAUGCAAAUUAUAAGCAACCUAAACUCACAGCACAGAGGUGAGUUUGUGUGGAGUAGCAUUUACUGAAAACUGAGCUGCUCUGAGACACCGAAAACACGUGAAAAAGGAAACAGUGCCACACUUCACUCUGAAACACGCAGCGCAUGUUUGCAUUUAAUUAAACUGCAGCAAUUGUGAUUUGAUAAUAGCACUAAUCCAUAUUGUGAUUUCGGUUUCAUUCCGAUGAAUCGUGCAGCCCUACUAAAGACCACAGACAGCAAUACUUUGCUCCUGUUAUGACAGAUCCACACAAAAUCUUUUAAGCUGAAAUGGCUACACCACAGGUAUGCAGCAUUUUUUGUGAAGCUAAAUAAAGCAAAAAGCAUCCUAAAACAGUGCUCAUACAGUUUGAGGCAACAUGACAGCAAAAAGAUAUCGAAUGCUCACCAUUCAUUCUUCACUGCAGGAAGUCUUUUCUUCAGCUCCAACUUGUCUUCAUCUCAUAUAAAUAUGAAGAGUCAGUAUAAUAUGUUAUUUAAUUCAAUUGUAAGACUUGUUCAGUUUGUUUAAUGGAGAGCUUUGUUAAUCAACUCUUACUUUUUAUUAUGACAAAUGUGUCAUUAAAAUGUCUACAAUUGUAUAAAAACUGAUCCGAGUUCAGAUAUAGACAUAGACACAGUUUCAUGGGGUCACUAAGAACCACUGACAUUUCGAAUUCUCAUUUAUUGUUUAUUGUUAUUAUUAAGUCACGUGAUUUGGUCAGUUUCAUGCGCGCUUUGAAU